GCAAAAUUGGAAUCGUAUAAAAGCCGAAAACGUGAAAAAUCAAAUCCAUUUCACCAAACUAACGCUCUCUCUCUAAAACCGCGAGUGUGUUAGUUAACGCGUCCAUUCUUCUUACGGCCGGUGAUUUUCUGAAGCUUUGGAAUUUGGAGGAUCGUCUUCAGCUCGCUGUCAGUGAUCGCGGAAACGGCGUUGUUGAGAGGAACAGGGAUGCUAGGGGGGCCAGGGCCGGGGCCGACGUCGGUGGUCGUCGACGAAGGAGCAAUUGCGAGGCCGUUCUGGAUCAAGUUCCGAAGCGACUCCGUGUUCGCUCUCUACUCGCCCUUCGUCCUUUGCUUGGCCUCCGGUGACCUGAACUCCAACGCUUUCCUCCAUUUUGUCUCCCAGGACGUCCACUUUCUCAAAGCCUUCGCUCUGGCGUAUGAGCUGGCGGAGGAUUGCGCGGACGAUGAUGACGACAAGAGCGGAAUACGUGACUUGAGGAAACGCGUCGUGCAGAGGCUUAAAUCGCACGAUACUCUUGUUCGAGAAUGGGGCUUUGAACUCCCGGAUGAGAAAGUUUCCAGCGAUGCAACAGUCAAAUACACAGAUUUCUUAAUGGCAGCAGCCUCUGGGAGAGUUCAAGGAGAAAAUGUCCCUGGUAGAAUUGCAACUCCUUUUGAGAGAACAAAAGUUGCUGCUUAUAUUCUUGGUGCUAUUGCACCAUGUAUGAGGCUCUAUUCCUCUAUAAGUAGAGAGAUACAAGCAGUUCUAGUUCCAGCUGAUAACAGUCACAUUUACAAGAAAUGGUUGGACAGUUAUUCUUCGAAAACUUAUGAGGAAUUUGCUUUGCAAGUCGAAGACAUGGUGGAUAAACUUAGCAUUUCGUUGACAGGGGAAGAGCUUAAAGUCAUAGAGAAGCUUUAUUAUCAAGCUAUUAAACUUGAAGUAGAUUUUUUUGCUACUCAACCAAUCUCUCAGCAAACUAUAGUUCCUUUGGCUCGUGUGCUUGACCCUGCAGAACGUCGUCUUACCAUAUUUUGUGACUUUGACUUAACAUGCACUGCUUUUGAUUCCUCUGCUAUAUUAGCAGAGAUUGCAAUUAUAACAGCACCAAAGGCCAACUCAGAUGGAUCCGAAACCCAACUUGCUCGUAUGUCAUCGGCUGACCUGAGGAGCACAUGGGGUGUUCUUUCCACCCAAUAUACUGAGGAGUUUGAACAAUGCAUAGAGAGUAUCAUGGAUAGCAGAAAAGUGGAAAAAUUCAACUAUGAAGGUUUGAAUAAAGCCCUUGAACAAGUUGCGGAGUUUGAGAAAAGAGCAAAUACAAGGGUGGUUAAUUCAGGAGUACUGAAAGGUUUACAUCUAGAGGACAUAAAACGGGCUGGGCAGCGUCUCAUUCUUCAGGAAGGUUGUAGAGGAUUCUUUCAGAAGAUUGUGAAAAAUGAUACUCUGAAAACUGUAGUUCAUGUGCUUUCAUACAGUUGGUGUGGUGAUCUCAUUAGGUCAGCUUUUUCAUCAGCAGGGGAUCUAGACGAAUUAAAAGUACAUGCAAACGAGCUUACUUAUGAAGAAUCUGUGACUACGGGUGACAUUGUUAUGAAGGUGGAGUCUCCCAUGGAAAAGCUUCAAGACUUCAAUGACAUCCUAAAUGAGUGCAACAGCGAAGGCAAGCACUUGACAGUUUACAUCGGAGGUUCAGUGGGGGACUUGCUUUGCCUGCUUCAAGCAGAUAUAGGUAUUGUAAUUGGUUCAAGUUCAAGCUUAAGGAGGCUGGGAGAUCAUUUUGGUGUCUCUUUUGUUCCAUUGUUCACUGGUUUGGUGAAGAAGCAGAGAGAACUUGUCAAAGAUGGCUCGUGCAAUUGGAAAGGGCUAUCUGGCAUUCUUUACACCGUCUCGAGUUGGGCUGAGAUACAUGCGUUCAUUUUGGGAUCGUAAGUACCUCGUGUCUUCUCAUUUGUUAAAAAAAAAAAAAAAAAAAAAACUCCAAAAUGGAAUUCUUUACACAUUAGGACAUAUGUAGAGUACAAGUGGUGGCUACUUUUAUUCAAGGACCACGGGUCGGCCCUUAUUCUUUUUUUCUUCAGGGUCUGCCACCCAGAAAUAUACAGAAGUGUGACUAUAGUUGAAAAAAAAAAAAAUAUUGCAGUAAUGCUAGGUAUAGUCAAGUUACGCAAAACAGCCAGUCUCUAUUCAAUUCAUUAAUCAAAUGUAUCCAUGUUCAGCUUUUCUUGAAUUUUUUUUUUUUUUUUUUGUCAUUGUUGUAUAUGACUUUGAAGUUUCAAACUUGUCCAUCAAU